AUGGCCCAACCAGACAAGCCCACUGCGGGCUUGCUUCAGAUCCCUGGCUCAGCCACACAGAAGUCACCUGCACCAGCAAGGAAGGCUCACAAGCCUCCAGCUCCUCGACUCAAACUAAUUAUUCGUCGCCUUCCACCAGGGCUGACCCAAAGUGAACUCGAAGGAGCUUUAGGCGCAGAAUGGAAAGUUGGUGCUGGAAAAGUGGAUUGGCUUCAGUACAAGGCUGGCAAGGUGUCUAAAGACCCCGCUAAGCCUUCUCGUCCCUCCCGGGCCUAUAUUCACGUUGUAUCGAGCGAACAUGUCACCCUGCUAUCGGAUCAAGUGCGACAAGCCUCGUUUCAAGACGCUCGCGCCACCUCUAACGACCCGAUUCUGCUUGGCCCUCCAAGCUUGGAGUUCGCCCCCUACGCUAAAAUUCCUGGGAGUCGUGUGCGGAAGGAUGCUCGCCAGGGUACAAUUGACCAGGACCAGGACUUUAUUGCUUUCCUUGAGAGUUUGACACAACCCAUCACGAAGUCGGUGGGAUUAGACCACGACAGUGAGGAUAAGAAGAAAGAGGCAGUGCUCACUACGCCGUUGGUCCAGUUCAUCAAGGACAAGAAGGCAAGCAAGGCCAAGGAGGCUGCGACAGCUAAAUCCUCCAAGCACGGUCGAUCGGAGAAAGAGCCGAAGGAGAAAGUACAGGCCAAGAAACUACUACAACGCACCGACAAGGAAAACAGUGCGCCACUUACAGAGAAGAGGACUAGGGGCGACAAGGCUAAGGAGUCUACAAAGGCCGCCAAGCAAGGUGCCACAGGCAAGUCUGGUAAGGCGAGCACCUCAGCAACACCCAAAGAGGUUACUGCAGCCCCGGAGAGGAAACGAGAACGAGGAAAUGUCACCGCAGCGACCAAGAUCCUCCAGCGCGAUCUUGGAAUCUCUCCGGCUGGAGGUCGGCGACGAGGAAAGGGAGCCAAUGACACCGGGUCAUCGAAGAACGAGAGUUCUCGAGACUCAUCCGCCCCAGCAGAGGCAACCAAGAAAGAACCAGCAGCCAAGCCAGCCAAGAACGCCCAAUCCAAAGCGAAGAAGGAUACCGACUCUACAACCAAAGCGACCGAUCCGCCAGCUUCUUCCAGUCCCGCACCUACGAAAGCAACCAAGGGUCCCAAACCCAAGCCGUCUGCUCCUCCCGCCUCCACUGCCACCCAGGCAUUCCUCAAACACGCAAACCCCUCCCAAGGUGUGACCGAAGCACUACUGGAAACGGCGUUCGGGGUAUUUGGUGCCGUGAACAAGGUGGAGAUCGAUAAGAAGAAAGGAUUUGGAUAUGUGGAUUUCGCAGACCCCGGGGGCCUACAGAAGGCGAUGGCCGCUAGCCCUGUGACAGUUGCUCAGAGCCAGGUGGUUGUGCUGGAGCGCAAGGCGAACCCUGGUGGAGAGAAGUCGCGCAAGGGUCGAGGUGAUUCACAACAAGCGCCGCCCAGUGGAAACACUGAAAAAACCGGAAACACGGCGAAUGCUGGAAACGCCGCGAGCGCUGGAAACGCGACCGGGUCGUCUGCACGGGGAUCUCGAGGUGGUCGUGGAUCACGGAACAAAGCGAAAGGUGGAGCAGGAGGGAACGAGAAGACGGAGAAGACGGAGAAGACAGAGAAGGGUGGAAGUUCUGGCAAGUGA